AUGGCCACCUAUACCGCCCAAACACGGCCUACGCGGGAAGGUACCAUGGCCAAUAUCAAUAUCAACACCACCUCCACGCCUCCUUCCAUGGGGAUCUCGACCACUUCGCCUUCUUGGCCUUUGGGGCCCUUUCCCGGCAGAGUGGAUUCCCACGCCAACUCGCACCCGCUCCCGCACCAGCUCCAGCAUCCGCUUCAACAUCCGCUUCAGCAUCCACAGGGGCCUUCGUCGGCACAGGAAUCUUCGCAACAGCUACAACAACCGCAACAACCGCAACAACCGCAACAGCAACAGCAUCCGCAGUGGCACCCGCACCCUUUUCCGCAGUCGCACCGUGCCUUUGGACCUCCAUCAAGUCCUGGUAUCACCAGUACCACAAACAAUCUGAACCAAGUGAAUUACUACACCAACUGCAACGGCAACAGUACCGGCGGCGGAAACGUGAACCCCAACGGGAGCAUAAACCGGCCACCAACAGCAAAACCUCAGAUCCGCCGUCCUCAUGCUGCCACGACCGCCGGUCGAUUUCGAAGUGCCACCAGAGUCCCGGACCUCCCUGUCUUGAACAACUUGCGCAUCACAGCCAACACGGGCAGCAACACCAACGCCGACGAUUCCAGCUCGUCUGACGACGAUUUCCGCUCUUCAAGUGCCCGUGCUUCUCAGAGACCAGCCCACCGACGCUCCAUGAGCCAUCCCUUCCCGUCUCUGUUCUCGAGUAAGAAAAAGAAGCCGUAUCAGAUGUAUGCUGGCGAUUCCGAGUCCGAAACGGUAGACGAAGCCGGUUAUGCGCCCAAGCUCGGUACCAGCAGACCCCCAACACAGCACUCGCGAGGUCAUAGGAAUGUUCCUUCUAUCGGGAACAACGACUAUAGCACGGGAAAAUGCAUGGCGUGCGGUUCCUUGGUGCGGUGGCCUAAGGAGCUCUCUGUCUUCAAGUGCACCAUUUGCUUGACUAUCAACGACCUACAGCCAUCCACCUCAGGCCAGGGGCAAGGGCAGGGUCCCAGACGGGAUGCUCCCCGGAACUCACCUCCCGCAGCAGAAGAGCGAGUCUUCUCUUAUGGUAAGAAAGAACCUUAA